AUGUUGGCGUUCCUGGUUCUCGUGAAUGCACUCCUGGCAUCUGCCCACCUUUCUGGGGAGCACUUUGAAGGUGAGAAGGUGUUCCGGGUCAGUGUUGAAGAUGAAAGUCAGAUUAGCUUGAUCCGGGAGCUGGCCGCCACCAGUCAGCUUGACUUCUGGAAACCUGAUUCGGUCGCGCUAAUCAAGCCUCACAGCACAGUGGACUUCCGUGUCCAAGCAGAAGAUGUCUUGGCGGUGCAGGACUUCCUGGAACAGAAUGAAUUGCUCUAUGACUCAGGAUGGAGGUCACCAAGCACACUCAGAAGGCAGCUUGUGGCCCCAAGGGUGGUGAUCAACAACCUGAGGGCAGUGCUGGAGGCACAGUUUGAUAGCCAGGUCCGUGCCACUGGACACAGCUACGAGAAGUACAACUCCUGGGAGAAGAUCGAGGCUUGGAUCCAACAAGUCACUGCUGAUAAUCCAGAGCUCAUCUCUCAGAGUGUCAUCGGAACCACAUUUGAAGGCCGCUCCAUGUACCUCCUCAAGGUUGGCAAAGCCGGAUCCAACAAGCCAGCCGUUUUCAUGGACUGUGGCUUCCACGCCAGAGAAUGGAUCUCCCCGGCAUUUUGUCAGUGGUUCGUGAGAGAGGCUGUUCGCACCUAUGGCCGUGAGAUCCACAUGACCGAGCUGCUCGACAAAUUAGACUUUUAUAUCCUGCCCGUGGUCAAUAUUGAUGGCUACGUCUACACCUGGACCAAGAGCCGAAUGUGGAGAAAGACGCGCUCCACCAACGCCGGAAGCAGCUGCAUUGGUACAGACCCCAACAGAAACUUUGAUGCCGGUUGGUGUGAAAGAGGAGCUUCCCACAACCCCUGUGACGACACGUACUGUGGCUCUGCUGCCGAGUCUGAGAACGAGACCCGGGCGCUGGCGGAUUUCAUCCGCAGAAACCUCGCCUCCAUCAAGGCCUACCUGACCAUCCACUCCUACUCGCAGAUGAUGCUCUACCCUUACUCCUACGAUUACAAACUCCCCGAAAACAAUGUUGAGCUGAAUGCCCUGGCAAAGGCGACGGUGAAGGAACUCGCUACGCUGCACAACACCAAGUACACCUACGGCCCAGGAGCGACCACCAUCUACCCGGCUGCCGGGGGCUCUGACGACUGGGCGUAUGACCAAGGGAUCAAAUACUCCUUCACCUUCGAACUCCGGGAUAAAGGCAGAUACGGCUUUGCCCUCCCAGAAUCCCAGAUCCAGGCCACCUGUGAGGAGACCCUGCUGGCCAUCAAGCAUGUGGCCCGCUACGUCCUGGAGCACCUGUACUAGGACGGACGGCCAGAGGCUGGCGGGGCCUUCCUUCCACGCGCUCGCGUGCCCUGCCAUGUUCUGCCCUGCAUCCUUAUUUCUGCUUGCACGGCUGCUCGCCUGAUCCCAAUCUUUCUCCUCAGCUGCCGCCUCUGUCAGAAUCAAUCAGAUCGUGUCCGAUCGAGCGCAGUA